UUGGGAGCCGCUUUUGCAGAGAAGGGGCGUGGGCUCGCGCGGCGCGGCGCCGGAAGUCCUGGUGGCUCUCUGGGAGAGUCCGGCUUCGGCCCGGCCUUGGGUGCUCCCCUCUCAGGGCCCCUGGCUGCUUCCGGUCCUGGCCUCCCCCGGCUGGCUUGGCCUUCGGAGGCGCGCUGGGCGUUCUCCGCCAUGGCGGGCUCCGGGGUGGCGCUGCCGGAGAGGCCGCUCACCGACGACGAGAUGGCGGAGGUGAAAAAGGAAGUUUUAGAAUGGUUACGAGACUACCUCUGUGACAAAAUAAUUGCAGACAGACACUUUGAUUAUCUACGUUCAAGGAAGAUACUCAGUAGAGAGGACACUGAAGAAAUCUCCUGUCGACCCUCAAGUAGGAAGAAGGCUGGCAAGCUGUUGGAUUACUUAGCAGAGCAUCCAAAAGGACUAGAUGCCUUGAUAGGAUCUAUCAGACGUGAAGGAACACAGAACUUCCUACUAGAAAAGAUAACGGAUGCUGUUUUGAAAGCAAAAAAUGAAAAACUAAAAAGCCUCAAAGGACUGAGCUGUAGCAGUUGCAUGGUUGCAGUAUAUGAGCAAACCAACAAUCUCUCCAGGUCUCAGUCGAAUGACUCAAAUGUAUUUGAAAGCCGAAAAGACCGAGAAACGGCCUACCUUCCUCAAGGAGAGUAUAAUACAGCUGCAUUCGUAUCUGCCGCUUCUCUUUGUUCAAUGAAUUUACCAAUUACAGAAGUUGGAAAUACAGAAAACUCAGUUUUCUCAGCCACUCUUCCUGGACCUGGGGAUUCUGGAGCUCCUCCUCUUCCGCCGCAAAUGCAGAACGAACAAGAGGAAACGUGCCCCACUUCCAGUGACAAUCCCUUCCUGCCUUUAAGAUCUCGCUCGCUUCUGCCACAGUGAACACAUUGAGUAAUACUACACCGGAUGCCUUAUAUACUCCUGCAGAAAGGGGAAAAAAUCUAAUAUUUUAAAAGCCAUGGUUCGAAUUCACUAAGUACAGUAAGACAGUCAUAGCAGUGAAACCCACGUCUGCGUUCCUUGUACUGUGAAAAACGGUCUCUUAAGAAUUUACUACGUCCUCCAAGCAGUUCUGUAGUAGCUUUCCCAAGAAGCUAACAGUCAUGAUGGAGGACCUGGCAAAUACCUUUCUAGGAUUCAGAUCCUCCUGAGCAACUCUGUAGUAGAGUGGGACCAGAAGUCAGGUUAUUUUAGUAGUGUUUGUUCUUAUCCAGUUUCAGUCCCUCUAGUAAAAAUUUCCCCACAGAUACAGGGGAUAUGUUUUUUAAAACUAAAAUGAUAGGUUUUCUGUAAUUAUUUACUUUGACCAUUUAUUACAUUGCUUUUAUUGAUUUUGUUCACAGUAUCAUUGUAUACUUGGUUCAGAAAGUGAGUAUAGGAUUAUGGCCUGACAGACAGACCUUUUCUUUUUCCUCCUUUCCCCAAAUAGAGGAAAAGAUGAAAUUCAACAGAAUCUUUAAAAGGGGGUGGGGUUACCGAUUAUAUUUAAAGGUGUAGUAUCAGUAUAAUGUUCAUUUUGAACACUGUUAUACUUUGUUUGACUAGUAUUGUAUGUAUAUAUGUCUUCAAGUAGCCUGUUGACUUCUGGCAACUGCAUACAUUUCAUAGGGAUUUUUCAGACAAGGAAUUCUCAGCCCUUGUAUUGCAAUGGUGUGGGUACGGGCAACAAUAUUUCUUAGUAAUCUCUCAUAGGGUGUCUCUUUGCACUGAUGUAUGAUCAUCUGACUGAAAAAAAAUCAUCUAUUUCUUCAUUUGUAGAGUGCUUACUUGGAAUUAAAUUCCACUGUCUGAAUAAUCUUUGCUUUACUUAAACUUUAAGGAAGUUUAAAGAUGUACUUAUGAUUUACUGAAUUAAUUAUGUAAAAACAAACAUUCAGGAUGUAUAAUGUUCAUGUUCAUCGCAAUUGCAGCCUGAGGUGCUUACAUAUAAUUUAUAUUACUAAUCAUACUUACAUGGAAGCAUGUCCUGUUCACCUCUACAGUUGCAUUGUUAAGCUCCAUCAUGAAGCUAAGUAUCUUUGUAAAAUGAAAAGUCUUCACUUUUCCUUUCCAAAGAUAAAACAAAAUUGGAGGGACUUUCUGUCAUGUAGCCAGGAAAAAGAUAUGUUUAUCUCAAAUUGCUAAUCUCAUAGCUAAAUGACAGGAAAAGGUGCCAUGGAAAAAUAUAAGUCAGGAAGCGAUGAUUGUUAUCUUGUAAAAUACAUGUGUGAAAUGUCUUCAGAAUGUGCCUGUUUCAUAACUUUCUUCAUUUUUUGUCACCUAGUUUUUGUUUUUAUUUUUGAAAGUACAGUAUAUCAAUAAAUUUAUAUGGAAUUAUCAGAUUUUGCCAAAAUAUGAACCCUCUGAAUGUCAGAAGUAUUUAAAAAUAUUAUUGGGGCAUUUUUAAAAUAGUUUUCCGGGGUCCCCCCCCCAAAUCUUUUCAUAUAGUUACACGUCCACUUUGUGGACCUUAGGGGAAGCAGUGCCUUUUGUAAUUUAAAAUUAAGAUAGUUUCAAGAUAAUCUCUGAGAACGUUGAUAAUAAGAAACAGAUGAUGUUUGUGUCUUUGUAAUUUUUUAAACAUUUGGAUUAAAACGUGCAUUAAAUUA